AUGUCAAGCGUCGUGUCUGGCCAGCCGCUGACAUCUCCGUAUGGCCGAUCCAAGAUUGUUGUAGAUGAAGAACGAAAUGCUCAUGGCCAAAAUUGGAUUGCUGUCUCGAGGGUGUGUGCUCUGGGGCAUGCUACUGGACGUCGACUUGAACAGCAAUUCUCAAAGUGCUUCUUCAAUCUGCCCUUCAUUCGGGCAGAAAGAAUGGUCUGUCUAGCCAUGUUCAGUCCGGAGGUCGACAAAUUGCCUGACUCCCUCGAACUAAAUGAUAGCGGAUGGGACCUUCAAUUCGCGACACGGACUGGAUCGAAUUAA